AUGGACAUCCCGGGAUAUUACUACGAUGAUGCAAAGAAGAAAUACUUCAAGAUACAAGCCAACCACGUUGCUGUGUCGGGAGCCGAGUACUCCACUGAAGCCGUGAAGAGGAAGCGCACAGAGCAAGCCUCUGACCUUGAGAGUCGCAAGAUGUUGGAACGUAUGUCGAAAGAAAGGGUGACUAAAUCUCCCCUGCUGCUCCGUCCUAUUUUGCGCUUGGGGAGAGAGGUUGCUUCCUCGAUCCUCACUACGGCGGCAACCAAGGAGCAUCAGGCCUCUCUCUAUGCAAGCCAAUUGAAACAGAAGCAACUUUUCCGCUUUUCGAAAAUCUCUCGUGGCGGAAAUAUUACAGAUGUUAUUCGAAUCCCCGGUUCCGGGGAUCUACUCGCAUCUGCAAAUGUUGGAACUAGUUCUGUUCUUGCCAUAUGUUUCUCGCGGCCAAUGGAUAUCGAAGAUAGCGCCGAGAAGUGCUUUCAAAAAUGGUCCUAUCGUCCUGAACGGGAACAUCUUAUUUUCGCGGAUGAUGUCAGAAUCUCGUCAAUUGCAUACAGCCCGGCAGGUUGCCUAUUAAAAACAACAGACGGUGAGUUGGGUUCACAAUUGAGAAUACGGCAUAUCAUUCCAGACCGUGGUCCAAACCACACACUAGAUAGUUGGCAGCCACACUCGCCCAUCAGACUUGAUAAUGAGAUAAUAUGGUGUUCUUCUGCUUGCCCCAGCAGCGAUAAAGCCAUCUUUGCAUGUGGCGCGCAAUCUUCCAUUUUUACGCUCGAAUGCGGGAUGAGCAUGAGUCUAUCUCGUCCUCGUGACAAUUAUCCCAAGGAUAUCAUGGCUUUGGAAUGGCUGUCCACAUCAGUUAUCGCAGGUGGUUCAAGAGAUUCUUCAAUUUUCUUGCAUGAUUACCGCAGUGGUGGCUAUGCUUCUCGGCUACAACACCCGUCGUCGGUGGUGAAAAUUCGCAAGGUUGACGAUUAUCGGCUUCUCGUUUCAGGUCGUGGCAUGUUGAACAUGUACGACCUGCGAUUCGCGAAAAAUGGUGUACAGGAUAAUCCUCUGCCAUUGACUAAGAAGCACACUUCCACCCGUCCCUACCUCGAAUUCCCGGAGUACGCAAAGAACAGCCAUGAUACGAACAGCUUUUUACUCGACUUUGACGUGAGCCCAGAGCUUGGUUUGGUGGCGAGUGUUGGACGUGGUAACGCACCCGUUCUCUUCUCUUUACAAACAGCAAAUGCUAUUCCCUCUCCGAUAUCCCAAUCGACAUCCUACGCAGGAAUUGAUCCAACAAAGGUGAAGUUUGAGUCUUUCGAGGAAGGCGAUUUCAAUGCCCCUAAGACGCCUACGUUGUUGGCUUGGUCGAAGCAAGUUGUGGACCAGUGGUCCUGGUAG